UUUUAAAAAGCAUGCAUGAGGAGGCUAACCAGUGGUUUUUAUUGCCUCUUCCUGCAGUUGUUUGUGGGUCUCUCCUUCCCCUACGAGGGUCCCGCCCCCCUGGAGGCCAUCGCCAACGGCUGCGCUUUCCUGAACCCCAAAUUCACGCCUGCGAAGAGCAGCAAGAACACAGACUUCUUCAAAGGCAAACCCACGCUGAGAGAGCUGACCUCCCAACAUCCGUACGCUGAGGUGUACGUCGGUCAGCCCCACGUCUGGACGGUGGAUAUCGAAAACCCUGUCGAGGUGGAGAACGCCAUCCGCUCCAUCCUCAGCCAGAAGGUAUUUUCUUAAUCCAAGUUCUAUCCAAAAAACCGUAGUGGCAGAUACGUAAUUGCACAUGUCAUUAUUGCACAUUAUUAUUUUCUUUAUGGCUUAAACAAUAACUUCUAAAUCAUUGUAGAAGCAUUUUCUGCUGACUAAUGAAUGAAUCAAUGAAUCAAGCUAAUGGUUUCCGCUCUGAUGCAAAGUCAUAGUAGCACAAACAAGAAUUGAAAUGGCAUUCAAAUGAUGACACUUUAGUCAAAUCAUAUCACAAGUAUUUGAUGUUAGAGGUACUUGAACACAGUGUGCAUAGCCAGAUGUAUGUUCUGAUAUUACUACUAACACAUAUACACAUUCUGCACUGGAGCUAAUGUUCUCUUUGUUAGUCUAUCAAAUGUCAGAAAGCAAAGAAAAAGAAACAAUUUCCUCGUGACAAAUGACAAUAAGAUCUCCACAUCCUCCCAGUGUGAAAGCUGUAGCUAGGUACGACGGCUAAUGCUUCAUUUGUUGUUACAAUAUGACCUAAACUGGACAUGAGUGAAGGUGCAGGGGCGGUAGAAGAGGUCCGUCUUCUCGUCCCGGCCCAUGCAUAUUUAUUUUCCGGGCGCAGGACCUCGUGUUGUGUUGUGCUCCGCAGAGCGAGUCGGGACAAUGGCUUUGUUCAGCGAAACAAGCCUGCAGAGCCUCAUAGACUUUGUGAUCCGUGGCGAGCUGUGCAGCCUACCAGGCUCCAGCUUGGCUCUCACCCCCCCCCUCUUCUUCUCCUCCUCCUCCUCAUCUUCCUCAUCUUCCUCAUCUUCCUCCCCAAACACAAAGACAGAAAGCAGCGAGUGACUUCAACAAAGAUUCUGUUGUUGCUCGCCUCCGUUUGAAGUUUCAAAUCAGUCGAUUGAUCUCACAGUAGAGAGGCUGAUAUUUCACCAGCUCACACACACAGUGAACCCGCUG